UCGCGCUGUCAGCUACUGCCCGGCUCGCGCCGCCUCGCGCUCUCGCUCAGUCAGUGGCGCCGAAGGCUCCGUUAAGCGGCGGCUGCGGUUCCUGUUUCCGUUUCUUCCUCUCCUUUCAGUCGGGAGUAGCAUCCUCCACCCAGCCACCCCUCCCACUUCCCCGGCGUGGGGCAGCUGCCGCUGAGGGCUGUGGCGGCGACGGCGGACGGCGGAGACCGCCUCUGCUCCCGCCUCCGGUUGCUGCUUUUUCUAAGAGGGUACCCAUGACCCUGAUUGUGUUUUCAUUCAAGAUAAAGUGAUUUAUUGCCUUUACUGGUUAACUGAACAAAUUCAGCAUGUAGAGUCCAUGAAGCACAGGACAGUAAAGCUUCCUACUCAUGUCACCAGAAGGAUCUCUUUGAAAGAUUUGCCACAGUACUAUCAGAAUAAUUUGAAGCUUCAUGUGUUCACCAACAGAAGUCUGUUCACCUGGGCACUAACUAGAAACAGCGUUACAAUGUUUUCAUUUCUUUGAGCUUCAGGAAUCCAGGGGAGUGAGUUGAAAAUCUGAAAAUGCGGCCAUGGACUGGUUCCUGGCGUUGGAUUAUGCUCAUUCUUUUUGCCUGGGGGACUUUGCUAUUUUAUAUAGGUGGUCACUUGGUACGAGAUAAUGACCACCCUGAUCACUCUAGCCGAGAACUGUCCAAGAUUUUGGCAAAGCUUGAACGCUUAAAACAGCAGAAUGAAGACUUGAGGCGAAUGGCUGAAUCUCUCCGGAUACCAGAAGGCCCCAUUGAUCAGGGCCCAGCUAUAGGAAGAGUACGUGUUUUAGAAGAGCAACUUGUUAAGGCCAAAGAACAGAUUGAAAAUUACAAGAAACAAACCAGAAGUGGUUUGGGGAAGGAUCAUGAAAUCCUGAGGAGGAGGAUAGAAAAUGGAGCUAAAGAGCUCUGGUUUUUCCUACAAAGUGAACUAAAGAAAUUAAAGAACUUAGAAGGAAAUGAACUCCAAAGACAUGCAGAUGAAUUUCUUUUGGACUUAGGACAUCAUGAAAGGUCUAUAAUGACAGAUCUAUACUACCUCAGUCAGACAGACGGAGCAGGUGAUUGGCGGGAAAAAGAGGCCAAAGAUCUGACAGAUCUUGUCCAGCGAAGGAUAACAUAUCUUCAGAAUCCCAAGGACUGCAGCAAAGCCAAGAAACUGGUGUGUAAUAUCAACAAAGGCUGUGGCUAUGGCUGUCAGCUCCAUCAUGUGGUCUAUUGCUUCAUGAUUGCAUAUGGCACGCAGCGAACACUCAUCUUGGAAUCUCAAAAUUGGCGCUAUGCCACUGGUGGAUGGGAGACUGUGUUUAGACCUGUAAGUGAGACAUGCACAGAUAGAUCUGGCAUCUCCACUGGACACUGGUCAGGUGAAAUGAAGGACAAAAAUGUGCAAGUGGUUGAGCUCCCCAUUGUAGACAGUCUUCAUCCGCGUCCUCCAUAUUUACCUUUGGCUGUACCAGAAGACCUCGCAGAUCGACUUGUGCGUGUCCAUGGUGAUCCUGCAGUGUGGUGGGUGUCUCAGUUUGUCAAGUACCUGAUCCGCCCACAACCUUGGCUAGAAAAGGAAAUUGAAGAGGCUACCAAGAAGCUUGGCUUCAAACAUCCAGUUAUUGGAGUCCAUGUUAGACGUACAGACAAAGUGGGAACAGAAGCUGCCUUCCAUCCCAUUGAAGAGUACAUGGUACAUGUUGAAGAACAUUUUCAGCUUCUCGCACGAAGGAUGCAAGUGGACAAAAAAAGAGUGUAUUUGGCCACAGAUGACCCUUCUUUAUUAAAGGAGGCAAAAACAAAGUACCCCAAUUAUGAAUUUAUCAGUGAUAAUUCUAUCUCCUGGUCAGCUGGACUACAUAAUCGAUACACAGAAAAUUCACUUCGGGGUGUGAUCCUAGAUAUACAUUUUCUCUCACAGGCAGACUUCUUAGUAUGUACUUUUUCAUCGCAGGUCUGUCGAGUUGCUUAUGAAAUCAUGCAAACACUGCAUCCUGAUGCCUCUGCAAACUUCCAUUCUUUAGAUGAUAUCUACUAUUUUGGAGGCCAAAAUGCUCACAACCAGAUUGCCAUUUAUCCUCAUCAACCUCGAACUUCAGAUGAAAUCCCAAUGGAACCUGGAGAUAUUAUUGGUGUGGCUGGAAAUCAUUGGGAUGGUUAUUCUAAAGGUAUCAACAGAAAACUGGGAAGGACGGGCCUAUAUCCCUCCUACAAAGUCCGAGAGAAGAUAGAAACAGUCAAGUACCCCACAUAUCCUGAGGCUGAGAAAUAAAGUUCGAAUGGAAGACACGGACACCCAAACUGAGUUCAAACUAUUUGAGCCAAACAGUAGAUGAAGAGGGUCUUAAUCUAACACCAUAUGGUUAGAUGAGUAGACACCUUCAGCCCCAAGAGCAGUGGAGGCUUCAGUGGUGGAAUUCCUCUUUAACAAGGGCUGCAGUGCCCUCGAACCCAUGCACAGUACAAUAAUGUACUCACAUAACAUGCAAACAGGUUGUUUUCUACUUUGCCCCUUCUUUCAAUAUUACGUCCUCAUGAAACAAACACUGCCACAUUGUGUAAAUUAAGUGACACAGACAUUUUGUGUGAGACUUCAAAACAUGGUGCCUAUAUCCGAGAGACCUUUGUGACCUAUUGAGAAGUCCAGAACGGCUCCCUACUGUGGGGAAUUUGAUUCUUAGUCAGUGGUGGUAUCAUGACCGCUGAAUUCACUCCAACCAACAAAUGCAGAAUGAGAACGGAUGUUCUUCCCUUUAUAAGGUUGUCUGGAUUUUUUUUUUAAGUAAUUGCAUCAGUUCAUCCACCUCAUCAUUAAUAAGUGAAGGAUACAUCAGAAAAUAAAAUAUUCACUCUCCAUUAGAAACUUUUGUAAAACAAUGCCAUGAACAAAUUCUUUAGUACGCUAUGUUUCUGGAAAUUCUCUUUGAUAACAAAAAAUAAAUUUUAAAAAAUAA